GGCCGACGGUACGGAGGUCCUGGUGGAUCCGAUCCAGGGGGAGCUGUUUGCGGAGGGGGACCAUGACGCAAUCCACGGCGCACCGUGGGCACCAGCGCGCCGACGAUGGGACGCGUCUCCGGGUGUAAAGAUCGUUUAAAUGGUGAAGAGGAGGGGGCGUGGCGCUGACUACCACCCAUCCACCACAGCAACACACGCCCAGAGCUCGUGCAUUUGUGGCGUGAAAAAAAAGAAGAAGAAAAAAAAGAAGAAAGAAGAAGAAGAAGCCGCGCAGGGGGAUCAGGUUUGAUCAGUGCCCGUCUGCUCCGGACUCUCGCUGGGUGCACAGGCCAGCCAGCCCCCCGGCAGCCCGCCGCGCGCCGUCCCCCCGCAGGGGUCCUCAUCCUCAUCCUCAUCCUCAUCCUCUUCUUCGUCCUCAUCCUCUUCCUCGUCCUCGUCCUCGUCCUCGUCCUCGUCCUCGUCCUCGUCGCACCGGUGGCCUGCACACAAAGAUGCGAUAACUACGGGAGAGACACCGCAUGGCCUGGACAACGCUGCUUAGCCUUCGGAUCAUUUAGACGGAAUUUCUGCUCGGUGUCCUCUAGCGAACUGGUUUCCGAAGGAGCUGUAAUGUGGCUUUUAUUACAGGCAUGUUAGCACCAUGAAUGCAGGUUGUGCUGCAAGAGGAGAUUGAAUGCCUCUAAAAUCUCAAGAGCCUUGUGCAGGGUGGUGAUGAGCAGCCAGGGCAGCAGCAGCAGGGGGAGUGGCCAGCAUGCUGACACGCCUCCCCCUCGUCACGCACCUGGACCCAAGCUGCAGGUGCAGCGCUCCCUCUCGCGCGACACCAUCACCAUCCACUUCUCUGCUCUGGGGAAGGAGGAAGACGACGAGGAAGAGGAGCUCUACGGCGUACCUUUUGGACCUGCUGGGGCUGAAUCUGAGCAUGAUGGUGCAGGGGGGCCUCAAGGCCCCGAAGCUUCAAGGGCGGAUGACCAGUCUGUCGCCGCGGGCUUGGAGGCUAAAGAGGAGCUGCUGUUUGAAUCUGCUGGUGGUGAGACCUCCUCUGGAGCUGCUGUGCUCCCUGUUUCAUCCACCACCUUGUCUGUGCAGCCCUCAGACCCACACAUACCUUCUCCUGCCAUGAGUAUUAUCCCCAGCUCCACGCAGCCCCAACUGAGCUCCACCCCUCCUGCCAGCUCCUCCUGGCCCUCUGAACGACCCUCAGCCAAUCCCCCAUCCGCCUCCCCUUGCAAGUCUACAGCGCUGUCCUCUUCCAAGCCUUUCCUCAGCCUGGUUAGGUCCUUGUCCAAUGACGUUGAGUCUCGAGAAGCCACUCCGGCUCCCACAACUGUUGCGCCAUCGCACGCACGCCACCGUCACUUAAUGAAAUCUUUUGUUAAGUCUCUUUCUACGGACACUUCGAAGGCUGAACAUCAGGAAGGGCCUCUUCACCACUAUCUCCAUCACCCCACUCAUCAACAGCAGCAGGCGCAGCCGUCCCAGCGGCCUCCGCCUCGCAACAUGCAGCUGUUUAAACAGUUCUCCCAGCCCCGCUUAUGCUCCAGCCCCGUCACGGUCACAAAAGUAGGCAGAGACUCGAAGACAGCGCCCUCUUCCCCCAUCAUGUCCCCAGAUGGCAGGUCUUUCUUCAAGGUCCAAGAGGUGGAGGCCAGGAUAGAGGAUACCAAGCGACGGCUGUCAGAGGUGAUGUCAGACCCCCUGCAGCUUUUUAGUAAGAUGAUGGGGGACGAGUCUGGCGUGGGAGCUGUGGCCACUCAUCGUGCCAAAUCGUUGUCCUCCAGUGCGUCAGAGCUCAGUGGAGUGACAGCGGUGAACGGACACACAGAAGGUAACAACAACUAUAGCAUCAAGGAGGAAGAAGGGGCAGAAGAGGAAGAAACUCCCACGGGGAAGGGCCCUGACUCUGUUUUUUUCUCCUUGCCGUCACUGGCACCGGCCCCAACCCUCACCCAGGCCUCCUCGUUCCCUUUCCCCAAAUCCCCAUCCCUCACUCUGGGCCGCUGCUCUAUGUCGGCCCUGGUAGCUCGACAGGAAGACGAGGACUUCUGUGAACUGUACAGCGAAGACUUUGAGUUAUGUACCGAUACAGAAACCCCCGAUGGGGACUGUGCCGCGUCCCGGCAGCCCCACACGGGCAGCACUGGGCUGUGUAGUGAACUUGACUCAGAGGAGGAGGAGGAGAACGAGGAGGAGGAGAACGAGGAGGAGGAGCUGGAGUCUGUGCCAGUGGUUGGCCUCAUCUUCCUGACCCAGUUGGUCUACUGGUAUAUAGUCCUUCCAGUGCCACCAUAUGUAUGUGCGGUGGUGCAUGGGAUAGUAGCCGGGUUCAUGUUGGCCUUGCUGGUCCUCUGGCUGUCCUCUCCUCGCCGCUCCUCAUCAGUGACGAGAAGAGGGAGGCGAAGGAUAAAGCCCUGGAAUGUGGCCCAGCUGGACAUCAAAGAACCGGGAACCUUCAAGGGCUGGAUGAAUGAGAUCCACAGCUACGCCCCCGAGAUGUACCACGCCACCCUGACCCACUCCGUCUACGUCCGGCUCGAGGGCUCCGUGCUGCGCCUGUCCAAACCCAACCGGAACAUUUCCCGGCGUGCCACACACAACGAGCCUAAACCGGACGUCACCUACAUCAGCCAGAAGAUCUAUGACCUGACGGACAGCAAGAUCAACCUGGUGCCCCAAAGCCUGGCUAGGAAGAGAGUUUGGAACAAAAAGUACCCCAUUUGCAUUGAGCUGGCCAAGCAGGAGGACUUCAUGUCUAAGGCCCAGGGAGAGAAGCCCGAAGCUGGCGAGGAAAGAUUAACGGGUCUGUGUGAGAAGCUGGAGCGCACGGACAAAUGCGAGAAAGUUGAGGUGUCAGGAUCAGCGGAGGAACCCAAAAGGCCAUCCUCUGGAGGGGGGGAUCUGACCAUCUACUUGUUUGGGAGGACGGGUCGGGAGAAGGAAGAGUGGUUCCGGAGAUUUCUUCUGGCGUCCCGAACAAAGUCAGAGGGGAAAAGUGUGCCCGGCAUCUGCAAGAGUGCCUUCUUGCCCUCCCGCAGCCGCAGUAGCAGCACCCAAUCGGGCGGCGGCCUGGAGGCCGACAGCAGGAGCAGCAGCCGGGGAAGCCUGGAGGAGCUGUCUCAGUCUCGCCACAGAGAGACCUCCUCUGCUCCCCCGUGUGGGAUGAAGCAGAAGAUGCUGUUGGACUAUAAUGUCUACAUGGCCAAAUAUAUCAACCCCCAGGCAACACAGAGAAGCCCAACUGCCACUGACAGCCCUGGUCCACAAAGCCCCGAGGGCAGCCCCAAAACUACAAAAAAGGUACGCAGGACUUCAGAGGAGCCUGUGGAGCCUGAGGCCUGGGUCAAUGCUUUUGUGGGAAGGAUGUUCUGGGACUUCCUGGGAGAGAAAUACUGGGCCGAUGUAGUCUCCAAAAAGAUCCAGAUGAAGCUCAGUAAGAUCAGGCUGCCAUAUGUUAUGAAUGAGCUGACGUUGACAGAGCUAGACAUGGGCUUCUCCAUUCCUAAGAUCCUCCAUGCCUCCAAACCCUCCGUGGACCACCAAGGGCUGUGGUUUGAUCUGGAGGUCUCCUACACGGGCUCCUUCCUCAUGACGCUGCAGACCAAGAUGAACCUGGCCCGCCUGGGGAAGGAGGGCGAGGGCCUCGGGGAGCACGGGAAGGAGGGGCCACGGACAUACUGUCUGGCAGACAGCGAUGAGGAGUCGUCUAGUGCCGGUUCAUCGGAUGAGGAGGACCCCCCAGAGCUCCUCAGUGACAAAGCCCUUCUUCCUGGAGCCGAGGGCUACGUGGGAGGCCACAGGCCCAGCAAGAUCAUGCGCUUUGUGGACAAGAUAGCCAAGUCGAAAUACUUCCAGAAAGCCACCGAGACGGAGUUCAUCAAGAAGAAGAUGGAGGAGGUGUCCAACACGCCCCUGCUGCUCACCGUGGAGGUGCAAGAGCUGCGAGGGACCCUGGCUGUGAACAUCCCACCUCCCCCCACGGACAGGAUAUGGUAUGGUUUCCGGAGUCCGCCUCACCUCGAGCUGAAAGCACGGCCUAAACUCGGCGAGAGGGAGGUGACUUUAGUUCACGUGACCGACUGGAUCGAGAAGAAACUGGAUCAGGAAUUCCAGAAAAUAUUUGUGAUGCCAAACAUGGAUGAUUUAUGGCUACCCAUAAUGCACUCUGCCAUGGACACACGUUCAAAUGGCAACUUGGUUACUGUGACAAACGAUGCCUUCAAGGACCCAGAACCCGAGGAGUCUGAGGUCUCUGACAUGUGAAGACUGCUGUGCAAAGUGCAUAAUGGCGGACAUUUUAUCACCAUGGUAACAUGACAAGGCCCCGCCCCUCUCAGAGAUCUCCUGUUCCAGUCCCAGUGUGUGAGCUGGCGAGCUUGUGAUCAUCUGUGGCAACUAAAAGCAGGAAAACGGAAGAAAAGUGUGACUCGUAGAUUCUCAUCCAAUCACACAGCUUCAUUUGUGUGACAUCAAAUGUUCCGAUUCAUUCUCUGAUGAAACACAACAUGUCGAGGCCGUUUAACGGAUGUGUGUGGUGGUGAAAGAAGAACCAUAAUACCUGUGACGUACAGCUGCACCAAACAUGUGCAGAGUGUAGCUUCCUCAGCGAGUGGUUCAUCAUCGCUGUGACUCUACGAAGGCUUCGAGGCCACCGAGCGCAUGGACGGAGGAAUCUUCUGAGGGAACAGCCCCUUCAUCUAUCGACGCAUUCCACAGGGACGUCAACUCAGCGGUCACCCAUGCACACUGCUGCCUCUACCAGUCGCCCGGCACCUUUAUGCAAACAGAUCAGUGGCACUGUGUCCAUCGAAGACACUCGGUCAGUUUGAAUCCAGUCAUAACAUACGGCCUGUGUGCUUUUGACCAUGCGGUCGGCAUUAGAGCUGAAUCGGACUUCAGAGGGUUGAAUUCAAACAUAUCUGCAAGCAGCUGAACGUGGCCUCGGUCUGAUGAAUGUAUAAAAUAGGAACGCAGCUCCGAAGCUGCUCAAGGAAUCGUUCAUUCACUGAUGACGUGCUUCUACUCCACAUGCUUCAACACUUCUUUUCAUGUUGUAUUCAGAGCUGAGCAAAAGUAAUAAUUUUCUGUUUUUUAUUGCCAAAGCAAUCUUUCGGCCCGUCUGAAGGCCACCGCACGAGGGAAACGUGACAAAUAAGCAAUCGGUUGAUUAUCUUGUGUUCCUAUUGAGGCCUCCAGUGAUGGGCAGCAGGAGACUGAAACCCUUUUAUUAAGAAUAGUUACAUGUGAAACUAUGUUGUUGUGAGUCGAGUGGGAAACACACCCACUCUUCCUGUUUUAUUUGAAUACAUACUGGAUAUUAGCCAUAUUAUUUAAUGUUGCCAGCUAAUGAAUGCUCUCUUGUUGUUCUGUACACAUUCAAGAGGAAUGACGUUAAACUAGAACACUUUGUAAUCUGCCACGGCGCCCGGCUGCUUUACGGGCGACUCUUAUUUUACGUCCAAACGUGUGUUGGCAACGUGUACGAGGCAGAAAGUGCCUUUAAAAUAAACAUUCCUCCGUAGUGAGCCGCCACAUCAGUCGAGGAUACAAAGUGUUUGUGCCAUUGCGCGUCCGGCAGCCCUUUGCUUUCUCCAGUUUCAGUGUUGUUCGUUUGCACAGUGAUGAAAAUAUCAAACGUUGCUGUUGUGUUCAGUGAUGUCACAGAAUGUUACGGUUCUGAUCGUCGUGGAUCAAUAAAACCUUUUGCUUGG